AUGCUGGCUCGUCACUGCGCAUCCCAGCCAAUUGGAUCGCCUCUUACCUUGGACGACAUGUUUUCCUGGCCCUGUCUCAGGCUGUCCCUGGGUAAAUACAACGAAGAAGACGAAGAAGACGAAGAAGAGACGAACGAAAGGCGCCGGCUUUGCUCACUUGCUUCUUCUGCUGCAUUUUGUUUUGCUGAUAAAGAACAUCUCACUACGCAGCUGGGUUUCCCUGAGAGAACCCUCGAAUACCACAAUCUUCGCUCCAGCCUGCUGCUCGCGGGCGGCCGUGGACGAAGGGACACUAUGACUUCACAUCGAUAUGAACCCGCCUCUUGGGGGUCCUAUCACGGCGGUUUGGAGACCUCUACUGACCAUGGCGCGUUUGCCUUGCAGGUAAAUACUCGCAGCGAAGACGACGCCGUCUCUUCUCAAGCCACACAGCAGCAGCCUAUCCCGUCAUCCCCUCCACCCUCCUUUCAUUCGCGGACACCAUCCCCAGCAUCUCGCCGCGUGCUAUCCCAGGACCCUCUGCACUCAGACGCAGAUCGAACACUGGCUGAUGCCUUUGGCGAUGAUGACGGACACACCGAUGACGAAGAAGGGGCCGAUGACAGACAGCGGCUGAUGAGGGGGAGCCCUGCCAACACGACGCCAGACAUCGACCCGUCAGAAGCGCCAGCAGGGAGCAACAGUGCUCAACCAGCAGGGCGACCCAACGCCUCAGCAUCUCGAGUAAUCCGAGGCGCCAACGAUGGAGUGUUUGCGAAUCUUUCGGCCAAGCCAGAGCGAGGAGGCGACAAACUCGACGAUCUGCCACCGACAUAUGAACAAGCGGCGGCAGAUGCUGCUCCUCCGUACUGGGAGACCACCAUCGUGGCUCCUGGCAUGUCGUCGGAUGAGGUUUACGUUGAAGGCCUCCCCGUCGGCUCCGUCUUCUCGUUUGCCUGGAACGGCAUGAUCUCGACCUCGUUUCAGCUCGUCGGCUUCCUACUUACCUACCUCCUACACACCACUCACGCAGCCAAGAAUGGAAGCAGAGCCGGCCUCGGUCUUACCAUGGUACAGUACGGCUUCUACAUGAGAAACACAGACGGCUACAACCCUCCCGACUCGGACGCCGGAGACGACGGAUACGUCAACCCACCAGACCCGAACAGCCACAACUUCAACCCUAGUGCCGUCGAUGGCUCCAGCGGAUCAGGAUCAUCAUUCCAUGGCCUCACCACCAGCGACUGGCUCUCCUAUAUCCUCAUGGUUGUUGGCUGGUUCAUCCUUAUCCGUGCAAUCAGCGACUAUCUCAGGGCACGAAGACACGAACAGUUAAUCCUCCAAAGCCCUAACCGUGGCCUCCCCGUCCCUAUCAUCGCCGAGAAUGAACGAUCAGAGACUGCAGUAUAA